GGAACAGUAAUGAAACGCACCGCAAACAUUUCCUAAAAACACAGCUGGACAAUUCAUUACAUUUAACGAACCAAAACGUUCCACUUUUUCAUGUAGUUUUGACGUAUGGCUUCAACCAUGAUUCCAUACACGGUCAAUAUUAAACUGGCUGCACGAACAUUGACCGGAACCCUUAAUUUACAGAACAAGACAGCAGUAGACUGGGGAUGGCAGGGACUGAUCGCUCAAGGCUGUCACUCUAGUAUCCUCAUCAUUGAUCCAAAAACGGCUCAGACCAUUCAGGUCCUGGAGAGACACAAAGCCAGUGUGGUCAAGGUAAAAUGGUCCAGAGAAAACUAUCACCACAGUCUCAGCUCACCCUAUUCUCUUCGCCUGGCAUCUGCAGAUGCAGCAGGGAAGAUUAUUGUGUGGGAUGUGGUGAGUGGUAUGGCACACUGUGAAAUCCAGGAACACACCAAACCUAUUCAGGAUAUGGACUGGCUGUGGACUCAGGAUGCUUCUCUUGAUCUUCUUCUGGCUGUUCACCCUCCCAACUAUAUUGUUCUGUGGAAUGGAGACACUGGCACCAAGCUGUGGAAGAAGAGCUAUGCUGAGAACAUCCUGUCUUUCUCCUUUGACCUCUUUGAGCCCUCCAAUCUGGCAUUGCUAACCAGCGAGGGUAUAGUGUUCAUCACCGAUUUCUCACACUCUAAACCGCCGGGAAGUGGAGGUAAGAAGGUUUAUAUCGCCAGUCCUCAUUCCAGCCCUGCCCAUAGCAAACCUGCUGCGGCUCAACCUACCGGUGCCAAAAAGGCCCUCAAUAAGGUCAAAGUGCUCAUCACCAAUGAGAAACCCACGGCUGAAGCAGUGACUCUUAAUGAUUGUCUCCAGCUGUCAUAUCUACCAUCUAAGAGGAAUCACAUGUUACUGUUGUACCCCAGAGAAAUCCUCAUCCUAGACUUGGAGCUCAGUCAGACCGUUGGAGUGGUUGCCAUCGAGCGCUCUGGCGUACCCUUUAUACAGGUGAUUCCUUGUGCCCAGAGAGAUGCUCUUUACUGCCUCCACGAGAACGGUUGCAUCACACUGCGUGUGUGCCGUUCCACAACACCUUCUCCUAAUGAAACAGUGAUUGAUCCAGAGCAGAAUGUGCAAGAGUUGGUAUACGAUCUCCGCUCCCAGUGUGACGCCAUCCGUGUGACUAAGACAGUGCGGCCCUACCGAGUGGUUAUCUGUCCUGUCAACGAGAACAAUGCCGCCCUCAUAGUCAGUGAUGGAAGGGUAAUGCUGUGGGAGCUUAAAGCUCAUGCCAGUAAAUCAUCUUCAGGCCUGAGUUCUGGCUUGCCACCUUUGUAUUCUCCCGUGAAUUUCUGUGGAACACCUUUACUUCAGAAUCAAAAAUGCAUCCCAGAUCUUUCUCUGAAUACAAUGAUAGGUCACAGUCUGAUUUCUGGAGUGGACUCCCCACGACCCCUGGCUGGUCAACAAGAAGUACAUCUGAAGUUCCUGUUGACAGGUCUGCUGUCUGGCCUGCCUUUGCCCCCAUUCUCCCUCCGGAUGUGCCCUCCGCUUACCACAAAGAACAUCAACCAUUACCAGCCCUUAUUGGCUGUGGGUACAAGCAAUGGCUCUGUGCUGGUGUACAACUUGACCAGUGGCCUCCUGCACAAAGAGCUAAGUGUCCAUUCCUGUGAAGUCAGAGGAAUCGAAUGGGUCAGUCUGACUAGUUUUCUCUCCUUCGCCACCUCUGUUCCCAACAACCUUGGACUUGUGAGGAAUGAACUGCAACAUGUGGACUUACGCACAGGGCGUUGCUUUGCAUUUCGAGGUGAACGUGGGAACGAUGAACCAGCCAUUGAAAUGAUUAAAGUGUCACAUCUGAAGCAGUACCUGGUGGUGGUGUUUAGAGAUAAACCUUUGGAACUCUGGGAUGUACGCACCGGAACCCUGCUGCGUGAGAUGGCCAAGAACUUCCCUACGGUCACUGCCCUGGAGUGGUCUCCAUCACAUAACCUUAAAAGUCUGAAGAAAAAGCAGCUUGCUGCCCGAGAGGCCAUGGCCAGACAGACCACCCUCGCUGAUGCUGAGCAGAGCAGUGUAGAGUCCUCUGUCAUCAGUCUGUUGCAGGAUGCUGAGAGUAAAUCUGAAAUGAGUCAGGGCAUAUCAGCUCGAGAACACUUUGUGUUUACUGACACAGAUGGUCAGGUCUAUCACAUCACCGUGGAAGGCAACACUGUGAAGGAUGGGGCACGUAUUCCACCUGAUGGCAGUAUGGGAAGCAUUGCCUGUAUUACAUGGAAAGGAGACACCCUAGUUCUGGGAGAUGUAGAUGGAAACCUCAAUUUUUGGGACCUAAAGGCUCGACUUUCAAGGGCUGUACCUACACACCGUGGGUGGGUGAAGAAGAUUCGUUUUGCUCCUGGGAAAGGCAACCAAAAACUCUUGGUGAUGUACACAGAUGGAGCUGAGGUCUGGGAUACCAAGGAGGUGCAGAUGGUGAGCAGCAUCAGAGUGGGGCGGAAUGUGAAUUAUAGAAUUCUGGAUAUUGACUGGUGUACAUCAGAUAAAGUAGUAUUGGCAUCAGAUGAUGGCUGCGUGAGAGUGCUGGAGAUGGCCAUGAAGUCUGCCAGUUAUAGAAUGGAUGAGCAGGACCUGACAGAUCCAGUAUGGUGUCCCUAUCUUCUACUGCCACGUGCUGCUCUCACACUGAAGGCCUUUCUGCUACUGCAGCCAUGGUCCGAUACAUUAACCAUGGACAUCACUCAUGUAGACUACAAAGAAAAAGAUGAAAUCAAAGGACUGAUCCAGGAACAGCUCAACUCUCUUUCUAAUGACAUCAAAAGCGUUCUCCAGGAUCCAAAUCUGAACUUGCUACAACGCUGCCUCCUUGUGUCUCGGCUGUUUGGUGAUGAAUCAGACCUUCAGUUUUGGACUGUGGCUGCUCAUUACGUCCAGUCUUUUGCCCAGAGCUGCCAGCCCAGUGGAUCCGUCCCAGAAGGCCAAACACCAGCUGAGGUCCCUCAGAGCAGCCACUUGGACAUUUGCCACGACAUCUUAUGUGAAAGCUCUUUCUUCCAGAGGUUUCAGCUGGAGCGUGUUCGUCUACAAGAAGUGAAACGAUCCAGCUAUGAACACACCAAAAAGUGUGCUGACCAGCUUCUGCUGCUGGGACAGGGUGUGCAGUUGCUCUGCCUGAUCGACAAAGCAGCAGAUGCUUGUCGUUAUCUGCAGACGUAUGGAGAGUGGAACCGUGCUGCCUGGCUGGCCAAGGUGCGUCUGAGCCCAGCAGAAAGUUCAGAUGUGCUGAAGCGCUGGGCAGAGCAUCUGUGUUCUCCUCAGGUAAAUCAGAAAUCAAAGGCCAUCCUGGUCCUGCUCUCAUUAGGAUGCUUUCACAAAGUGGGCGAGAUGCUUCACAGCAUGAGAUAUUUCGACCGUGCUGCACUCUUUAUUGAAGCCUGCUUGAAAUAUGGUGUGAUGGAGACAAAUGACGACAUUAAUAAGCUUAUAGGUGCAGCCUUUGUGGACUACGCUAAGCUGCUUCGCUCCAUCGGACUGCAACAGGGUGCUGUGCUAUGGGCGUCUCGUGCUGGAGAGGCGGGAAAGGAGCUGCUGGAUGAGCUGUGCCAAACAGAGAGUAUGGGGCUAGAACCCAGCCCCACUGAGGAGGAAGUGGACAACUCUCUUGGCAAUGUAGAAUGACUUGCCCCCAAGUACACCAGUGGGGGAAAGAGAGGAUAUGUAAAGAAAAACUUAAAUAAAGAAGAUGCAUAAUAUCUUUAAGAAAAAAAAAAGAACUAUUAUAGC